AAGUCAUGCGCUGUGAUUGGCUGUAAGAGCUUAGUGCGGUCACGCGGGCUGUGCAAGGCUCAUGGGGGCGGGACGCGCUGUCAGGUGGAGGGCUGCAUGCGAGGUGCCCAAAGCGCGGAUAUCUAUCUCUGCAUCGCGCACGGCGGAGGAACGCGCUGCAGUGUCUCAAACUGCAGCAGCGCGGCUCAAUCGCGGGGGCUAUGCAAGAAGCACGGGGGCGGCAGCCGAUGCAACUUCGAGGGAUGCACCAAGGGCUCACAGGGCAACGGGUUCUGCAGGAACCACGGCGGAGGAUACAAGUGCAAGCACCCGGGUGGCUGCAUGAAGUGGGCACAAGCGCACGGUUUGUGCGCAAGGCACGGCGGGUGGCAGCGGCUGUGCCAGGUUGCUGGGCGUGCCGGUGCCGUUGAGAAAAGAGGUGUUUGCCGAUUCCACAGCGCCAGAGCGCGCUGCAACAGCCUCAUUGGGUGUCGAAACAUGGUGCACGCAAACGGAUCGUGUCUGAUACAC